CAUCAAAGGGUGGAGAUAGACGGAACGGUAACAUUACGUAAAUUCGCUACAUGGUGUUGGCAGUACUGUUGUUAUUAUAGCGAACCAUGGCGACAGAGUAGUGUGGUUGUUGUGAACCCGUAAACAAAUGACAUGAAACACUGUCAGUUUAUGAGUUCACGUUGUGGGGAAACGGUGUAGGAAGUAUUUAUAAUUGAUAGACUUCUGUUGUAGGUACUAGAUAUGUCUACACCUGCAAGGCGGAGGUUGAUGAGAGAUUUUAAAAGAUUACAGGAAGAUCCUCCCACUGGUGUAAGUGGAGCUCCAACUGACAAUAAUAUAUUGAUCUGGAAUGCUGUUAUAUUUGGGCCACACGACACACCAUUUGAGGAUGGCACAUUUAAGUUAACUAUAGAAUUUACUGAAGAAUAUCCCAAUAAACCGCCAACAGUAAAAUUUGUGUCCAAAAUGUUUCAUCCGAAUGUGUAUGCAGAUGGUGGCAUAUGUUUGGACAUACUCCAGAAUCGUUGGAGUCCCACAUAUGACGUUUCAGCCAUACUUACUUCCAUCCAGUCACUAUUAAGUGAUCCAAAUCCAAACUCUCCUGCAAAUUCUAUGGCAGCCCAACUUUAUAAAGAGAACAGAAGAGAAUAUGAGAAGAGGGUCAAAGCAAGUGUGGAACAGAGUUUUUUAGAUUAGUGCUCUCCUUUUGACACCACUUAAGACAUUAAUAGUGGCUUAAAACGUUUAUAUAAACUGCAGAGUGCUUGAAUUUUAUAACUGACUCGUUCAGACGUAUUUAUUGUCACCAGUUUUAUUGAAAUAGUCAAAUAAUUUAACUGAAUGUUUAGUUAGGUUUUGAUUCAUUGUUGAUUUAUUAUUUUAUUUUGCUUUACAUGUAUUUACUAAUACUGUAAUUAUUUUUGUGAUCUUUUACGUGAAACUCGUUAAUGGUUUUGUGAUCGUGUAUGUGUCAAU